AUGGCAUUAAGUACAAUAAGCAACGGCUUUCAAAGCAACUUCUCGGAAGCAGAUGACCUGCAGGAUGGUUUGUCAUGCGAUGAGUUAUUUGCAAGCACCGAAGGUCUUACAUAUAACGAUUUUCUCAUACUUCCGGGCUAUAUAGAUUUUGUUGCCGAAGAAGUUGAUCUUACUUCACCUUUGACAAAAGGGCUUAGUUUGAGGGCUCCUUUGGUCUCAUCGCCUAUGGACACUGUAACGGAAUCCGAUAUGGCCAUUGCUAUGGCUUUGGGCGGCGGUAUUGGAAUUUUGCAUCAUAACUGUACACCCGAAUAUCAGGCCAAUGAAGUACAAAAAGUCAAAAAAUACAAGCAUGGGUUCAUACGCGAUCCUUCUGUAAUGUCACCUGAAAAUACUGUAGGUGAUGUGCUGGAAGCAAGACGCAAAAAUGGAUUUACCGGGUACCCUAUUACUGCGAAUGGGAGAUUAGGGGGUCGAUUGUUGGGUAUUAUAACUUCGCGGGACAUUGACUUCCGUGAAAGUCAGCCAGAUAUCAAAUUGAGAUCUAUAAUGACCACUGACCUUAUCACUGCUCCAAAUGGCAUUAAUCUACCAAAGGCUAAUGAAAUUUUGGAGAAUAGCAAAAAGGGCAAAUUGCCUAUCGUUAAUGAGAAUGGGGAAUUAGUGGCCCUUAUAGCUCGUACAGAUUUGAAGAAGGCUCGUUCGUACCCGAAUGCCUCAAAGGAUAGUAACAAACAGUUGCUAGUUGGCGCAGCCAUCGGGACCCGUCCUGAGGAUAAGGAUCGUUUAAGGCUAUUAGUAGCUAGUGGCGUUGAUGUCAUUGUACUAGAUUCAUCACAAGGCAACUCCAUUUAUCAAAUUGAAAUGAUCAAAUAUAUUAAAAAGGCUUACUCCGGCCUGCAGAUAAUAGCAGGAAACGUGGUAACACGAGCGCAGGCUAAAAACCUUAUUGAAGCUGGCGCAGAUGGUCUACGAGUUGGAAUGGGCUCAGGUUCAAUAUGUAUAACUCAGGAGGUAAUGGCAUGUGGUUGUCCCCAAGCUACUGCCGUUUAUCAAGUUUCUAGCUUUGCUAGAAAAUUUGGGGUGCCAGUCAUAGCGGAUGGUGGAAUUCAGUCUAUAGGACAUAUUGUGAAGGCUUUAUCUUUGGGUGCGAGUGCGGUUAUGAUGGGCUCCCUUUUAGCCGGAACUUCAGAGGCCCCUGGUGAGUACUUCUUUUCUGAUGGAGUUCGUUUGAAGAAGUAUCGAGGAAUGGGUUCAUUGGAGGCUAUGGAAAGACGCGAUGCAAAGGGCGCUGCUAUGUCCCGUUAUUAUCACAAUGAUAUGGACAAACUAAAGGUAGCACAGGGUGUCAGUGGCAGCAUUGUAGAUAAAGGGUCUGUUCUACGGUAUUUGCCCUAUUUGGAAGUUGGAUUGCAACACAGCUUACAGGAUAUAGGCGUGCAGUCCGUUAGUGCACUAAGGGAAUCAAUUUAUACCGGGAAACUGCGAUUUAUGAAGCGAACACAUUCCGCCCAGUUAGAGGGCAACGUGCAUGGUCUUUUCUCAUACGAGAAAAGACUCUUCUAACAAUCGGUAUCCACCAUUCAGAGGCCAUCCUUACGAAUUGACUCAGAACAUUUACAAACAAUUGAGACUCGCAAUAGUAUGCUCGCAUUAGAAUUGGUUGUUAAGGACGGCCACUUAAAGCAAAGGAGAUAUUUCGAAUAGAUUAAUUUUAUGGGUUGCUAAGGGUGGGUGAAGCCUUAAAGCAGUUGAUAAACAAGUUUUAAAAUCGUGGUAAAUAGACCUCUCUAUAUAUUAUAAAAACGUUCAAAUAUUUGUUGUCUGUGUGUAUGCAGUUAUAGAUAUAUUUGUGUAAGUAAAUCUGCAAGCACACUUAUUACUCUUGCAACAGAUCAUGGAAAUAUAUUUAAGUCAAUUUAUUAAAACAUCGUGUAUUUGCCAAGACCUUCCUCUGACGCCCUAAUUAUUGUAUUAAAUGCCAUUUUUCUAAUAAGUUAAUUUUAAACGAAUUUAUGUGUUUUAAGCAUGUAGACAAUGUGUAGAGAAUCCCUACAGUUGAGUAAUGUUUUCUAUACUUGUCUACGUUUUCAUUUUCACACACAUUUUUUAACAAUUACGAUAUUAAUGACUGAUUGCAUUUGUUUAAUAUUUUUCUUACAUGUGAUAAAAGGCGAUUUUUCAUUGAAAAUGUUGACCGGUUUUUACAGAAUGAAAUAGAACAGCUUCCUCUUAUGCAAAACGGUUAAAUGAAAAUACUUUCCAUUCUGGUUAAUUGUGCAUUCAAAGACUUUAUUGAUCAGAUUUAUAUGUUCGGUAUUGAAGGAAGAGUGUUUUUUACCUUGCAACACUUCUCCUCAACGAACAUUUACAAAAAUAAAGAUAAAAAUAAAUAAAUAUUUUAAAGAAAAAAAAAGAAUACCUUUUUUACACGGUAAAUGCGUUUUUUAAAAAUUCGUGCAAAAAAAAAAAGUGUAAAAAAUGCAUCAUAUGGCAAAUUUGGUGGUAGGCUAUUCUCUCGUCUCGUGAUUUGAGGGCAAUAACAAGCUUUUUGUAGGAUUUGGGGAAACCCAAAUGCCGUAGACAUAAUUACGCCGAUUUCAGAAAGCUUUUCAGCCAUUGAAAUACAGUUGAGUGCAAAAGUCUGCAUUCAGUUUCGUUCGUUCGGUUUUACAAUGCAUUUGAAGAUGUAACCGAAUAAAGACGAAGACGAUAGCAACGCUAAAAUAAUGAACUCUUGCUUUAUGUUUUUUUUUUUUUUUUUGUUUGUUGUUUGUAAAAAUUCAACUUGCAUAGCACACAAAAUGAAAUGAAUUAAUAAAUCUAUAUUAUUGUAGAACUUGGGUGGUCAACAAGGUUUACUUCGCUUACAGGUCCCUUUGAUCUACGAACUUCUUGGAACACAGGCGUCCCUUGCUGAACGUGGUGCUUGCACAGCAUGGCUUCGAUACAACAAGGUACAAAAUUUGGGAUAAUUAUAAUACGGCUUCGAUACAACGAAUCAACAAAUCGAAUUAAUAUACGCUUCCAUUUUUAUUUUAUCAUCAAUAAGAGGAGUGUCAAUCAAUUUUAAAAAAAAAAAAAAAAAAAAAAAACAAAAAACAGUUAACUAUAAUAUUCGUCGUUAAUUAAUUGUCACCGUCACCAUUGUUUUUGAAGUACAUCUUAAAGCCUUUCAUUUCAUUAAAAUGCGUGGCGAAUGUCAUAUGCUUUUUGGGAGAAAUUUAAAGUCAACUCGCUUUUUUAUUUACGAAAUUUAAUGAAUAAUAAACAAGUGUUCUAAGUUUGGCUCAGGCUUUGGUUUCGAUACAAUACGGUUCGCAUUGCAUUGAAUUAGAUUAUUUCAAAGUAUAUCUCGUUACACGGUUCCGUUACAGUGCGAAUACGAUUUCGAUGCGACACGCUUCACAUUUUUUUAUUAUAAUGGAUCAUAUUGAAAAUUCUCCGUUGUUUUUCCCGUGGAUUGGUGUUGAUGCUGCUUAUAUAUCGGACACUACUCGCCUUAUCGUCUCAAACGUGCAUGUGUGCAGGUAACAUAUUCCAGGUCGCAUUACUUUGUGAAGAUGGUGUUCCAAUUCUUUGCUCGUGAAAAUGAGUGAAUAAUCUGAGGAAAUACCUUAUGUGAUGCUUUUUACUAUAAAAAGGGCAAAAAAGUUGCAAAAAGAAAAAAAAAUUGUGAAGUGUGUGAUGAGGGUGCUAUGAUAGGAACGGAUCUCGCAAAUUUCGAUUUCAAAGAUGCCGCUUGCAGUCGCUGAAAAAGUCAACGAAAUUUUGCAACUGAUGGAGCAGGCUGCCACGAAGCAUUAAACACCAAAAGAGAACAGGCUGCACAAAGAAGCUCGAAAAUGCGGGCACUUUUCAAUAUGAUCGAUUAGGUUAAUAAAAAAAAAAAAGGAAAAUAAAAAGUUUCGUAUACCACGAUACGAAUUAACCACGUUAAGCGAGGGACACAUGUUUCUUUUGAAAUUUGCUGUAUCUUGAGGUUUAAUACAUUCAUUACCUAUCGCGAAUGUUUCCAAGAACAGUUCUUCCGGGUACCGGGUGUUAUUCGAAAUAAAUACAAACUUGACAUCAUCGUGACUUUCUCAUUGUUCUUGGGUUUCUACAUAUUCAGCCGUGCUUGUUCCUUCCAACGAUAUAUGAUUCAGUUUUUUGGCUUUAGUAUAGCAGGUAGUCGGACGGGUUAUCCUGACGGUGCCACAGAUUCUGACAUUCACAUUGCGUACAUAUUAGGCCAAUUUGCCAGAAUAAAUAUUGUAUCACUUAUUGACAUAUAGUGUCCAUACUUGCAAGUUACUGCCAACUUUUCCUGAAUAAAAUCUGACGUUCGAGAUAUGACCCGUUUUAGAUCCACAGGUCAUUCUAUUUAAAAUUCCAUGCUUAGCUAGCUAGUUUCAUGGAAUUAUAUGCCCUGAACUUUAUUUGACACGAAAUGAAAAUUAACGAUUGCCGGCACACACCAAUGUAUGCACACGGAAGGUAAUGCAUUAAGCUUAGUAUCCAAUGCAAUAUCCCAGAGCACUUUAAUUAUAGGCUUCAAAAUUUAUAAUUUGCCUCCGUCGAGUUUGCCUAUGUUGAACGCGGAACGCAUAGCACGUAUUUUUUUAUAUUUUAUUUGCGAUUAUAUUAAAUUCUUUGAAUGAGGCUGAUGGUCCAUCUUUUGCAUAUAUAAAAUUGGAAAAACGGUUUCUAUAGAAUUAAAAUAAUUUCACAAACAUUCUGAUUGACGAUACAAUUAAAUAGUGAUCCGGUGGCGGUUGACAGUACUCGAUAGCGUAUGAGCGUUGAAUGUCGGAUUUUAACUUGAAAGCAAAAAAAAAAAAACGUAUCGAGCUUCACAUCUAAAGGGAAAACAAAGUAAACUACCGGUGCCAAAGCACAUAAUUGAUCAAAUUAAUGAACGUAGGACCAUUACUUACUAAUCUUUGAUAUUUCAAAAUCUUGGCGAAAAUAAUACAAGAAAGUAAUUACUUUCGGUACCCUUUCCCUGUUGCUACCAUCAAAUAUGGAAACGGAUGAGUGGAUUAAUAAAAAAACUUCUGGGAACGAUUACUGAAAACUAUUUAAAAAAUACUUUAAAAACGGGCACAGACGGACCAAUUUAAUAUCAAAAUUAUGAAUAUCAAGCUAUGUAUCGAGAAGAGACGAAACUUUAUUUAUUUAUUUAUUCAUUCUUUUUUUUUCUUCAAAAUUUGAAUUUUUCCAAUCAAUUUCACAAAUAUUACGAUGUGAAUGCAACGAACACAGAGCCAAACUUGAUAAGUAAAUAAUCGAAUAGCAUCGAUCCUAAGUGCGAUUGUAUCGCUUUGGGUCUUCCGUAUCGCACGAUAACUCGAUAACAAGAACCGUAAACUGGUCACAAUUUUAAUGAUUAAACGAAACUUUGGCUUCCCUUUGAAUAUAUCGGAAUGAGAAAUUGCAGUCAAAUAUAUUUUAAUAAAAACUCAAGCACAUAAAUUCAUUUAAAAUUAACUUAUUAGGGAAAUAAGCGAUAAUUUGCUUGAACAGUGGUUUAUGCUUUAAAGAAGAGCUUUGUAUGUGAAGACUAUAGAAAGACUAUAUUCGCUCGUGAACGGUGAACGCCCAAUAUUGACUUAUGCCCUACACGUGGAAACUCGUGGUGAUUAUGAUUUGCAUCAAACUUCUUGUUUGAAUCUUGUCAUUAGUACGAAAACAAGGAACCUACGGUUACGUAAUUAAAAUUAUUGCCACAUCCGAUGUAGGAGAAUAAUUUUUGGGUUGUGGUUUGUGGGCAGCAAAACAUGAAAAGGCAGAACGCAACAGAAUCAUGAUUACUGAGUCCUCGUGAUACGAAGUAGAUAGUUUCGGUUCGGAUGAUCAAUGGGGUUUGGCAAAAUGGCGUAACAUGCCGUACACCUUGUGGCACCAUCAGCAUCAUUACGGGGAAAGUCCAAGAGUGCUUUCGCAAGCUUGCUUCACUGGACUUUUCACUUUGCCUUUAUUUAUAUU